AUGGACUGGGGGUCAAAAAGAACGUGGAGGCCACCACGACCAUGUGAAGACUAUUUGAGCGAGUUCAGACACUGCGUGAGUUUCAGCAAUCGUUUUCACCACUAUUAUGUCUACGGUACCUCUCCUUCCUGUCAGCAGUGGAAAGAGGACUCCUAUAACUGCACCAAGUGGGAGAAACACAAACAUGCAGAAGCUAAGGACGCGCUGCAGAAAAGCGAGAGGAAUCGAGUGGCAGAGCAAAAAAACUUUACUCCAGUGUGGAAACUGAGGCAGGAGCCUCCAAGAGACUGGUAUUUGCCCUUGAACCACGAAAGCCCACAGAAACCCUGAACUGCUUUAUGAACUUUCACAAUUUGUU